CAUCAAUUCUCCAACAAUGCUCCAUCCUUUCUCUUCUUCCUCUGUUUUCUCGAGAAUCCUCGAGACUUUCUUGGUUUAAAGAAUCACAGAACAUCCAUUCUUGUUUGCUUUCUUCUCAUUGCAUUGCUUUGCUAUGGAACUUGGUAAAUAUCGAUUCUACUCUUCCAAUUGCUUUUCUCUUUCUAGACUUUCCGAUUAUUCUAUAGCUGGAAGUGAUUAUCCAGACGCCAUACCCAAACCUUCUUCUUCUUCUUCUUCUUCUCUUUUCUUGUGUCAUCAUCGUUGACGAUUGUUCUUGUUUAUAAUCACAAACAAACACAAAAAAAUGCUGUGUGCUUCACCUUCCUUUGCAUCAGCUGCUAUGUCUAUGGCUUCUUCUUCUUCACCACCAGUCUCCAGGUUUGCUGGACUCGCUCACCGUACUACUACUACUCUCAGGUAUGAUCAACGUCCUCUUCCUUGUUCUUUCACGACUGGGAUUCAAAAGAAGAUGAGGUACCCGAUUACAACUGCCUCUGCUGACUCACCAAGACCCAAAUCUUACAAAGAGGUUUUACUUUGCAAGAACAAAGUCACUAAGCCUUUCCGCCAAAUGUUUGCUCGAGAGAUCUCUACUCAUUCUAAAGACUCUGAUAUUUCCAUUGCUAAGGUCCUCUUGUACAUUGCUGCUGAAGACGAAGCCUUCUUGGCUUUCAACCGGGAGAUAGAUGCUCUGUAUUUCACGAGAGAGAGAGGAAACAUCCAAGACCAAUCUGAUCCGAGCGAGACAGAUUCUGAUGAGCAGCAGCUAUUGUUGCAGUUAGAUGGAAAGAGUAUACCCGAAUGGCUGAGGGAACUAGAUGCAAUCUCCAAACAAGUAGAGGAAGAGUUAGUCUCACGAGGCAUCAUCAACAGCAGCUGCCACUCUCUUCAAGUCCUCGAAGCUGUAAACACAGUCCUCUUCGAUAUGAGAGGCUUCGAGCGGAUACCAACAUGUUUGAAUGAAGACCCCAACCAUUUCUACCUUCACUCUGUACUUAACUCUAGAUGCAGCUCUGCGUUCUUGUUUAAUGUAAUAUACAUUGAAGUUUGUCAGCGCCUAGGUGUGCCUAUUGUGGGAGCUCGAGUUGGGGAAGACUUUUUGGUUUGGCCCAAGACUGAGAAUCCAGAAGAACUCUUUCAAGUAACAACAACAACUUCAGGGAAGAGCUUGUUCGCUACUGUCAAUGGAGAGUGCGUUGAUGAUCCUAAAUCAAUGGCAUCGGAGUUAACCGGAGAGUCACUUCUAGACUUUGCUGUUGCAACAAACAGAGACAUUAUAAGCAUUGCUCUCUCCAAUCUGAUUAGGGUUCAUUGGAGACGUGCUUCGAAGCCAACACCUGGACAAAUGCUGACUGCUCCACUUAGUGAACUUAACAACUUCAGGAUUUCUAAUUUUCCUUUGUUGCGGCCUCAAGACCUUAGGUUGGCUAUUGCGGCUGCAGAAAGGCUGUUGAUAUUGGAGCCUAAUAACUGGAUAGUUCGAAGAGAACUUGGCAUGAUGUACUACUACGUCAGGCAAUGUAGAGAUGCGAUUUUUGAGCUGAGCAUAUGCAUAGCCAACUUUGCGAUUGGGGAAGAAGAAGCAAAAGAGUUGGAGAUUUUUGUUGAGAAACUUCAUCGAAUCUUUUCAUUGAUGUCUCCCUUAGACUCUGAUCGCUUGGCCGUUCAUUAGAAAACUCCCUGUUUCACUUGUAAAUACUCUCUUUCUAUUAGUCUCUGUUGUGUUUGGAAAAGACCCUUUUGUGGGAGACCAUGGAGCUUUUGGUUGUGUAACUCUUUUACUUUCUUCUGAUCAGAGUAAUAAACAAUUUGUUUCCAAACCAAAAGUUUUUUGUAAAAUACAUUUUAACCAAUUAUCAGGAUUGUAUA